AUGAUUCUACAGUUGCCCAUUGGGUGUAGUUCUUUGCGUGUCUUCACCCGCGGGCAAGCACUCUCACCCGAUGCUAAAAUAACUAAACCUCAGUACACGGGGAACGUCUCCACCAAAACACAAAAAUUGGAGUUCUAUCCAAUCGACGUUCUUGAGACGUUACAAGUUGCCCGCGGCCAAAAAAUAUGGGGAUUGUCCCAACUUUUGACUUAUGGAUCCGAGUCUGGCUAUCCUGAAAAUGUUGAUAGAGAAGCUGUGGCCACUGAUAAGGCGGACGUCCUUCCAACCACCAUCCAAAAUCUGAUAUCUCGACAUGGUCAAAGGUUCUCGAACAUGGUUUUACUCUCUGAUCAAAUUCUUUUCCACCUCGGAUCACUUCGCUUGAUCAUCCUCAAUCCCGAUGUGGGACUCACUCACCGAAUCCGCCAAAACGCCUCGGCGUGGAAAGAGCAGGUGAAAACCGACAUUCGCGUCGAAAAAUCUCAAUUCGACGAAGAUGGCGCGACAAUCUGGGCAAACCAGGAUCUCGAACCUACACCACGCAGCAAGCGCAACUAUCACUGGUACAAUUAUCUGCUAUACUUCAUCGGUACUGGAUUCAAUAACUGGACCGGCGGAAGUGGUGUCAUUGGAGUUGGACUAGGAUGGAAAUCCGCUAUCAUCAUUGCUUUUACAGGAAAUAUGCUUGCCGGUACGCUGGUGUCGCUCAACUCAAAGGCUGCUGCAAGAUAUCACAUCGGGUUCCCGGCUGUUGCGAGAUCUGUUUAUGGGAUGUGGGGAUCCUCGUAUCAGGUUGCUGUUUGUGCUAUUUUAGCAGCGGUUUGGCACGCGACAAAGGUGUACGAAUGCGCGAGUUAUCUAAACAUCAUGAUGAAGGCGAUUUUUGGGCACCAUUUUACCGAUAUCCCGAACCAUGUGCCGGCGAGUAUCGGGUACACGACUCAAGAUUUUUUAUGCUAUUUUCUCGUUUGGGUUCUCAUGAUUCCUUUACUCUUCAAACGCCCAUACCAGAUGAAAUGGUUCUUCACUAGCUCUGGUAUAUUGAGUUUCUCGGCUAUCUUCGGUCUGUUCAUCUACUGUAUGGUGAAGUCAGGUGGUAGAAUCAGCUUGGAUCAGUUUUCAACAACAAACGACUUGACACCCACGCAAAAGAAAUGGCAACUCAUCUAUGCCUUUUCAAGCACCAUCAGCAACGGGUCAAGUUACAUCGAGUCGAUUCCCGACAUGGCUCGCUGGGCUCAUUCCCAAUGGAGUCCGAUCUAUGUCACCCUGUUCACAAACUGGGUAUUCAAUCCUCUCUCCUCCGUGCUUGGAAUUUUGGGUACUUCGGCACUUCAGGCUGCUACGGGACAGACUAUCUGGACACCAUGGGAUAUCAUGUCAUACAUGCUGGAACAACACACUUCGGCCGGUUCACGAUUUGGUAUAUUUCUGCUCGCCUGCACAUGGUUCUCUCUAUCACUCAGUCAGAAUAUCUCGUCUAAUAUGAUUCCCUUUGGCUCGGAUACCACGAUGUUAUGGCCAAGACACAUUACCAUGACCCGAGGUUUCAUCAUUGUCCACCUUCUUGCUUGGGCUAUCUGUCCAUGGAAGAUUUACGCAUCUGCAGAAACGUUUUUUUAA